AAGCUGCAUAUAUCUUUUCCCAAGCCACCUCUCGAGCUUAGUCAGACAUCCUCAACAUCCAGUAAGUUUUGAAUCGGGUUCGACGUCCCCUCAAGAAAAACUCUAAUGGCCCCAACCACGAAAAAGACAGGCGGCGGCAAGACCCGCUCGGCCCUUCAGGAUGUUGUUACUAGGGAAUAUACUAUACAUCUUCACAAGCGUGUUCACGGACGGUCAUUCAAAAAGAGGGCACCUUGGGCAGUAAAGUCGGUUACGGAAUUUGCUCGGAAAGCCAUGGGCACCUCCGAUAUUCGCCUUGAUCCUAAGCUCAACCAGGCAAUAUGGGCGCAAGGUAUCAAGACCGUGCCUCACAGGCUGAGGGUCAAGCUUGAAAGACGGCGUAAUGACGACGAUGGUGCUAAAGAAAAACUAUACGUUUAUGCUUCACAUGUACCAGUUACUUCAUUCAAGGGUCUUGAAACUGUUGUUGUCGACGCAGAGUAGAAAUUAUCCCAUUGUACUUUCCGUGUCCCUAUGCAGUAGUCCUCACAACAGAUCUCAACACCCUUUCGAGCUAUAUCAGUUGUUCUGUCGUCCAUGUACCCCGUUAUGCAUCUUUCAUCUGAAAGAUGUGCAGACAUCUUCUACCACUGUUCUGCGUUGCAAUUUGCCUGGUAGCGUUGAAGCUGUGCGUAGUUGACUGUUGCGCACAUCACAUUAUGCAAGCAAUCAUUUCUAUUUCGUGUUCUACAUAGUGACCUGAGGUCUACAAGAUUCCUUCAACAGACUGAAAAAUCAUCAGU